AUGACCGACUCUUCUAGUAGCGCUUCGCAGUGCGAUGCUAGCAAGAAGACACUUGCCCACAAACGCAGAGGCAGAGGCCUGUUGACAGGCACCUGCCUAGCUCGACUCCACAAGCUGAAGGCAGCGAAGCCAAAUCUGGCAAAGAAGACCUUUCCUUUCCUCAAACUUCCUGGAGAACUUCGCAACAUAAUCUACCGAUUUACUUUACAGCAUUACAGGCCGAUCGAGAUCCAGGCAAGAUAUCACUACGGAUACCACCGUCUGGCCAGAAAGGCUAGAAUCGCUCCCUACACCACAGUCAGCACGAAUCUAUUGCUAGCAUGCCAUCAGAUCAAUGCAGAAGCAACCCCGAUCUUAUACGGAUGCAACUCGUUCAACCUCGUCGGCAGCUAUGGCGGCGGGUGCGCCAUGAUUCUGCUGGACUUUCUCACGGACAUCGAUCGAUCUAUUCAGUAUCUGCGGCGCAUCAACCUGAGCCAUGUCCACAACAUGGCGACGACCAUUUCGGCCUUGCACCGUCUCAAGCAGGCUAAGAACUUCGAGAGAUUGGAAUUCAAGCACUUUGAUUGCUUGAAGUAUGGCAGUAAGCACAACAGGGUUGCCAUGCUCCUCCCGUGGUUGAGGUCUCUGCAUCAAGCCUGCGCACAGAGUGGCAGGUCUUUCUCGUUGCAGGAUGUGCUGAAGGUUGAGAUCGAUGCGAACUUGACACAGUCGUUUUUUGAGAGCGAUGCGGAAUUCAAGGAUAGGCGGAUGUUGGCGAGAACUUGGUACGAUGAGCAAAUGGGCAUGUUGGAGCUGGCGCUGUAG